AUGGAAACGGUGCCGCGCGUGUUUGAACGUGAUGCCCUCCUCCUUCGCUGUCAACCAACAAUAACGUGGGACGGAGUGAAUAUUGCCGAGAUGGGGUUCUUCCAUGAUCGGAAACGAGAAGAGAUCCGAACACGACAGGGCACUGGAUUUGUCACCGACUAUUUGGUUCGCAGGUGAGGGGUACAGGCAGAGAAGGCGGGGAUGAGAGGGGAAUUGCAGUGAGGUGACCGACUACUACCGCCUUCGUCUUUUUGUGAACUCUAUCCUCGGCCUACUCAUUUCUUCGUCGCUCUAUCAUGCUGGAUGGAAAAAUCUGAAUUUCGGGGACUUUGAUUAUACGUACGGGCUGCUGGUCAAGUGGACAAUCAUUGCGUUUUCCACGUAUGCGUUCACAAUCAGUCCGGUAACCUAACAAGUGAAACAUUCACUUUCCGCUUCUUUCCAGACAUUCCGCUGUGCUCUUUUCUGUGUCCUCGUUGGUGCGUUCGGAAAACAGGGACAAUGUGAGAGAGAGAGAGCACACACUAAUCAGCUGAAAAGUAAUUUUAGAUCCGUUUACGAUGCUCGUGAUGAGCAACCUUCAAGAAGGGCCCGUCUCCAACAUGCUCGCCAACUACGAAACCACUUCUGAAAUUGUCGUUUGUCACAUUGACCUUCAAGCUAAAAUUGUUGCGAAUAGAGUGGCACUCUUGAGCGGUCCCUUGGAAGAGCUUAUCGAAAAACUUAUGGGUACUGCGUGGACUGCUCAUCUCGUCCACAAAUCCACUUUCAGCGAAAGGAAUCCGAGCGAUGAAGGCGGUUUCAAGAGAAACGAGAGCGUUGAUGACUCCGUUUCUGGAGCUGUUGAAAAGCGAAAAAAUGAAGACGGAGAAGAAGGCGGAGAUCGAGAGAGGGCAGCUGGAAGACAUUGAGAAGAGGAAACAGAAGAUUCUGAAAAUGUGGGAGAAGGCGAUGAAUAGACAGCUGACGGAAGAGGAUGAGAUCGCCGGAGAGCUUCUGCCCGCGGAAGAGAUGAUUGAGAACGUGACGAUCGGAGCGCCGCCAAUUUGGAAAAAGUUCAAGACGCCGUUGGUUCAGAAGAUUGCUGAUAAACUGUCGAAGAACUGCGAGGAGAUGUUCAACAAGGGCAUUGAUAAGUGCAGAAACUUGGCUUCUGAGUUGGUGGUAUCGUUCUGAUCGGCUUCACAUUCAGAUUCUUUCUUUCUUUCAGACGUCGUGCAAAGAUGCCAUCGUCUGGCCGAUCGACUCAUUCAUUUGUCCUAAAUUGAAUGUGGAAGGCAUUUGCAACGUGAGUCCGAUCAGAUCGCCUGCCUGCUAGACAAUAGUAAUUGAGGCGGUCGAACGAAGGGUACAAUCUCUGAGUAUCUGCCGUAAUCAGUUGGACGAUAGCCACGUGGAUCCGUCGGUCGAGAAGGACCUAAUGGAUGUGAUGAAUCUAACGGAGCAGUUGGAAGAGGACAGCAAGAUCGAGCUGCAUUCGGUUCGUGUCGAGACCCCGCGAGUUGCCAUCGAGUACAGACUUUCCGAUCUCAAGAUAAAGAUCAGAAAAGCUGGAAUAUACUUUAAGGUUUCCCUCUACUUUUACCUCCAACACAUUCCCUCUACCUUUCAGAGUAUUGUGGGAGUAUCAAAACAGAUUUUUCAAGCCUUCUUCGUCUAUUUUGUCUACACAAUCUUCCGAGAUUCGGUCGGAAUGAUUCGAAAAUAUCAAGAAGAUGUGACGUUCGCCAAUUCUUUCGUCACCAAGUUUCACCUUUUCCUAGUUUUUUGUUUUGAAAUCGAACGUUUUCAGUGAGUUUUGGAUGAUUGACAACUUCCGGAAAUCUCAAGGUCAAACUCAUUUGUCCCAUUUUUCGAAGCAAGAAAGUAGGGAAUGGAAUAUUAUGGAGGUCUUCAGGUAACUCUUUCUCAUCAAUACGUGCUCUUAUUCUCACUCAGUUAUCCCACAAAAGCCGAGCGCUCCAAAGCCGUCCGCCCGUUCUUCAAGUGGUUUAUUCUGGCGGUCACCGUCGCCGUUAUCAUUAUCCUCGACUAUUAUCUGUUCGCUUUUCUCGAUUCGGUCUUCUUGAGCCUUUGCCUUCCUUUUUUCAUCCAGUGCUUUUCAGGUGGUGGACUCUGCUCGUCAGCAGAUUAAGCAGAAAGCAAGUGCGCCCGCUGGACUCAACAUAUCCGGGGACGGCGUGAUCGCGGAUUUUCUCAAGACGAUGACGUCGACGAAUGAGACUUUGGAGAUUGAUCAGGUUGGUGGGAUACGGAGAGCGGAGAGAAACAGAAAGCACUUCAGACCCUGUCCAAUGAGCACUGUCUCAUGAAACCACUGGCUCCGAACACGAACAUUCUGAUCUACUGGCUGGCUCUCCCUCUGAUUCUCUCCUUUCUUUUCCAGGUUUUCAUCCCGUUCGGGCUCUCACCGUCCACUCGCAACUUCAGGUCGUUUUCUCGUUUGCCAUCCGACGCAUAGUUCUCAAUUAUUUCCUGCCGUACAUGUUCCCGCGACGAUCGAGAGUUCGGCUCAUUCAGUUCUAUAACAAGUGUCUGACUGACAGGGAAAAGCAUAGGAAAGCAGCGAGAGCUCGGAUCAGAUUCAUGGUGGAACGGAAGCGGAUUGAGACUUUGAACAAGGGACAGUUCUCGGCUGGAGGAUCGUUCCUGCAACGGCAUGUCUUUGAGCGCAUUUUCAAGACGGCCAAAUGUUUGGUAUGUCAGGAGAAGGCGCAUUCGAACAGACUGUUCUACUGCUCGGACCCGAAGUGCCAGUCCAGUUUCUGCGGGGAUUGCAUUGAGGAUAACUUUGGAAAGUGCUACGCUUGCAUGGUGAUCAAAAAAGAGAUCACGGACCAAAAGUCUAAGUUGCUGGUGAGAAUGUGAUCUUAAGCGCUCUCACGCCCCGAAUGAUUCAGAAUCCGGACGAGGCGGGGAAUAAGGAUGUGUUCUUGAACUAUGAUGCAUUUCUGGAUCUUGUGGAAAAGGAGCACAGCAAGAAGUAG